AGAAUCUAUGCUAACAGAACUCAUUGUCUUUUCUUGCAGUUCUUUGAGGCUAGUGAAAAGCACAAGCAGAUCGAAGAGGAACUGAGGAGUCGACUGCAAGUCCUAGAGGCAGGAGCCGCACAGCACCAAGCUGUCUUAGAUGGCCUGAAGCAGAAAUACAUGGAGACCAUCGAGAAGUUACAGACUGACAAGGCAAAGUUCGAGGUAAAAGCAUUGGCUCUGGAAAAAGAGGCAAAAGACUGCAGACUGCGAUCAGAAGAUUGCCAAAAUCAGCUGAAGACUCUUCAUGUAGACUUGAGCAGUCGUCUGGAGGAGUCUCUGUGUAUCAUUAAUGAAAAAGUACCUUUUAAUGACACAAGAACUAGUGAUUUCAAUGCCUUGAAUGUACCAUUGCAUAACAGAAGACAUCAGCUGAAGGCUCGGGAAUUAGCUGGUCAGGCUCUGGCCUUUGUCCAGGAUCUAGUCACUGCUCUCCUGAACUUUCAUACAUACACAGAACAGAGAGUCCAGAUCUUUCCUAUAGACUCCUCCAUCGAUGUCAUCUCGCCAUUAAAUCAAAAGUUCUCGCACUAUCUCCACGAAAAUGCCUCUUACGUGCGUCCUCUGGAGGAAGGAAUGCUCCUGUUAUUUGAAAGCAUCACCGAGGGCACCAUUACCGUCCUGGAAACUGCGGUGAGGCUGCAAAAUUUUUCUGAGCACUUUACAUCCUAUGUGUCUUUUCUGCAAAAAAUUCUCCCGUAUCAAUUAAAAAGUCUGGAGGAGGAGUCGGCGUCACCACUUUGCACAGCACCGUUACAGGGGCGCAAUCUGGAACUCCACAGAGACAUGAAGAGAAUGACGGCAGCGUUUGAGAAACUGAAGACGUACAUCUCCCUCCUCGCCUUACCCAGCACAAAUCCAGAGGGUUUGCUGAGAGCCAACUAUGGCUCCAUCCUGACACAGAUUUCAGGCUCUCUCCACGGACUUCAUGAUAUAUUGAAAGAGCUUUCCAAGCACUACACUCAUAAAGCUGCACUUGAACAGGAUCUGCCAUCUGCCACAGAUAAACUUAAAACUACAAAUGAUUGCAUCUUGUCUUCACUAGUCGCUCUGACCAACGCAGCCAGCAAGAUGGCGACUUUCUUUAGCAAUAACUUAGACUACUUCAUGUCAUCUUUGAGUUACGGACCAAAAGGAGGCCAAGGAUUCACUAAUCCCCUCUCGGCUGCGAUGAUGCUUCAGUACAAGCAGAAAGCCGCCCAGUACAUGAAAGCUCUGAAGACGCCCUGCCCUGACUCUGUGCCUUAUGAAGAGGCACUGGUGAAUCGCAGAGUCCUGCUGAGCUCCACAGAGAGCAGAGAAGGCCUGGCCAACAGGUGCAGCAAAGUCUGGAGAAGAUCAGUAAGCUGGAACAGGAGAAGGAGCACUGGUUGCUGGAAGCUCAGUUGGCCAAGAUCAAGCUGGGAGAAAGAAACUCAUAGGAUAGCAGAACUAAUGAAAAACACAGGCAAGGGGCAGGAGGGGGACCAGCAGCAGGAAAAUGCCCUGAUACACACAAAGGACAGUUCCAGUGAAAUUAGGAGUACCAGCUUGAUCGGCAUGUUAACCACAAGUACUGAAAUCCAGCAGGUCCCAGAUCAGGACUCCAGGGAAGCGCUGAUAAAAAAAACCACUACAUGACGAGAAUAGCGGAUCUCACCACGCAGCUACAGCUGGCUGACAGCAAGUCUGUCCAUUUCCAUGCAGAGUGUCGAGCUCUUGCAAAGAGAUUAGCGCUAGCAGAGAAAUCCAAUCAGAGUUUAACAGAAGACACAAAAUCAGCCAGUCAGAGCAUCAGCAGAUUACAGGAUGAAUUAAUUACAACUAAAAGGAGUUAUGAAGAUCAGCUGAGCAUGAUGAGUGAUCACCUCUGUGUUAUGAACGAAACGUUAUCCAAACAACGGGAAGAAAUAGAUACUUUAAAGAUGGCUAGCAAGGUCCGUAUAUUGUAUCAUACAUACUGUGCGUGUGUGUACGCACACGCACACACACACACACACACGCACACACGAUCAAUCACUGUUUUUGGUAGAAAUGAUAUUUCUACAUGGCAAAUAAUUUAC